AUGUCGCUCGCCGUGAAUGAGCAGCAGCAGGCCGCCGCGCCCGUCGAGGCCGAGCGCCGCCUCUCGCACACGGCGCACUCCGACGACGCCUCGUCGCUCGAGAAGCAGGCCGGCGUGCAGACGGCCGAGGCGGUGAGCCGCAUCGCCGGCUGGAAGGUGUACGUCAUGUGGGUCGGCAUCUUCCUCGUCUCCUACGUCAACGGCCUCGACAACAACACCAUGUACGCCUACACGCAGGCCGCCGCGAGCGAGUUCAACUCCUACCAGCUCUACACGGCGCUGCAGACGAUGCAGAUCGUCAUCAUCGCCACGGGCAAGUUUCCCAUCGCCAAGUUCUCCGACAUCUUCGGCCGCGCCGAGGGCUACAUGCUCGCCCUCUUCCUCUACGUGCUCGGCUUCAUCAUCGUCGCCGCGUCGCACGGCUUUGCCACGCUCAUGGCCGGCGUCGUCUUCUACGCCUUCGGCUCGACGGGCGUGCAGAUCAUGAACCAGACGCUCCUCGCCGACACGGUCACGACGCAGUGGCGCGGCUUUGCCAUCGGCAUCGUGUCGCUGCCGUACGUCAUCAACUUUGCCGUCGCGCCGCGCAUUGUCAACCAGCUGGCGCCGUUUGCCAACCCCGUGCACUGGCGCUGGGGUCCGGGCUCCUUCGCCAUCGUCGUGCCCGUCGCCUGCGCGCCCGUCAUCCUGGCGCUCUACCUGACGCAGCGCAAGGCCAAGCGCGAGGGCCUGGCCAGGCCGCGCCCGUACUUUGCCAAGGGCAGCUACGCCAACAAGUCGGCCGGCCAGAAGGUGGCCUCCGUCUUCUCCGAGCUCGGCCGCGCCGCGCAGGACUUUGACCUGCUCGGCCUCUUCAUCCUCGCCGCCUCGUUCGUGCUCGUACUCCUCGCCAUCAACCUGGCCGGCCUCGCCAACGACGGCUGGCAGGCGUCGCACAUCAUCGCCAUGCUCGUCGUCGGCGGCAGCCUGCUCAUCAUCCUCGGCCUCUACGAGUGGCUGCUGGCCCCGCGCCCCGUCAUCCGCCGCGAGUUCUUCCUCAACAAGAACGUCUGCCUCGCCGCCUUCUUCAUCGGCCUGUUCGACUUCGCUGCCUUCUACCUGGCCUGGGUCCCCGCGUACACCUGGGUGCAGAUCACGUUUGACUGGAACAGCUCGGAUGCCACGUACUUCUCCAACACGCAGAGCCUGUGCCUCGUCGUCUUCGGCAUCAUGGCCGGCGCCAUUGCCGCGGCGACGAAGCGCUUCAAGUGGCUGCUUGUCUUCGGCUGCUGCAUCCGCCUGCUGGGACUCGGCCUCAUGAUCCGCUACCGCGACGCCGCCUCGUCGACGGUGCAGGUCGUCUUCCCGCAGGUGCUGCAGGGCCUCGGCGGCGGCUUCAUGGGCAUCCUGCUGCAGGUCGGCGCCCAGGUGUCGGUCAAGCACCAGGACGUCGCCAUCGUCACGGCCUUCGUCCUGCUCUGGACGGAGAUCGGCGGCGCGUGCGGCACGGCCAUCCUCGGCUCGCUGCAGAACCACGUGCUGCAGGAGCGCCUCACGCGCUACCUCGCCCCCGUCGGCGCCACGCCGGCGCAGAUCUCGGCCGCCUUCAUUGCGCCGUCGGGCAUCUUUGCCGAGUGGCCGCUCGGCUCGCCGCAGCGUGCGGCCCUCAUCCAGGCGUGGGCCGACUACGUGCACAUUGCCCUGAUCGUCGCCUGCGCGCUCUCGGCCGUGCCCAUCGUCGCGGCAUGCCUGCUCACCGACUACAAGCUCGGCAACACGCAGAACUGCGUCAGUGACGAGCCGUCGACGGGCUCGGCGCCGAUCCGCCAGGACAGCAAUGAGGAUCUCGACCGCAAGGUCCGCGUCUAG